GGUUGAGAUAAAUAAUAAUAAAUAGUAUCGGAGAGCUGGGCAGGAUACUGUUUCCAUUCCAGCUUCUGAAUAGUUCUAGUCAUUGACAUCAAGCUCGUGUAUUGUAAAUAAUGUGGUUAACAAUCAUACUUACACUUCUGGCAGGAUGGCUUCUGUAUAAAUAUUAUGUUUCUGUUUAUGAACUUUGGGAAAAGAGAGGAAUUCCUAAUUAUCCCUCUAAAUUCCCAUUUGGUUACUCUUAUGAACUCCUGGCUCAAUCGAAUUUUGUUGGCUAUAUUCAUGAUAAGAUGUACAAAAAGUUGGCGCCUAAUCCAAUGUUCGGAUUCUUUGUCAUGAGAGUGCCAAUGUUGCAGAUCAGAGAACCAGAGCUCAUUCGAUUUGUACUUACAAAGGAAUUUUCACAUUUUCGAGACAGGAUGUUUAUAAAAUUGAGUGAAAAAGAUAUUCUCAAUCAACAUCUGUUCAGCCUGGAUGGUGAAAGAUGGAGAGCUUUACGUGUGAAACUCACCCCAACAUUUACUAGUGGAAAAAUGAAAGCAAUGUUUCCACUGUUUAUCAGCUGUGCUGAGGCAUUUGAGUCUUUGAUUGUGUCAAAAAUUGGUUGUGAGGUAGACAUCAAAGACUUAGUUGGGCGACUUACAACAGAUAUUAUUUGCAUCUGUGCUUUUGGACUUGAUACUAAUACAAUCAAAGAGUCAGAUCAUAAGUUGAGAAAAAUCCCCGCCCAACUUGCUAAAAUGAGGUUUAUAGAUAAGGUCUUAAUAGCAAUCAUGCAAGCUAUGCCAAAAGUUUCCUGUAAAUUCAAAGCGAGGUUCACUCCUAAAGAGCUUGAGGACUAUAUAGUAAAUCUUGUAGAAAACACAUUGGAGUAUAGAGAAAAAAAUAACAUCAAAAGAAAUGAUUUUCUUGAUUUAUUAAUUGAGCUGAAGAAUAAAGGGACAAUAGGAGAUGACAUGAAAAAUGAGAUAGAAGAACAAAAGUGCCAGCCAUUUGAAUUCACUAAUGGUUUGAUGGCUGCACAGUGCUUUGCUUUCUUAUUUGGUGGCUUUGAAACUUCUAGCUCUGUACAGAGUUUUUGCCUAUAUGAAUUAGCAAUCAAUCAAGAUAUUCAGAUGAGAGUAAAGAAGGAAAUUGAUGAAAUAAUUGAGCAACAUGGAGGACUAACAUACCAAGCUGUGAAAGAAAUGGAGUACUUAGAUAUGGUCAUUUCAGAAACAAUGAGAAAGUAUCCUACCUUCCCAGUAUUAAUGAGGUAUUGCACAAAAUCUAUUACUACUCCAUACGGUUAUAAAAUAGAGGCAUGUGAAACUAUUAUAAUUCCUGUUUGGUCUUUACACCAUGAUCCAGAAUAUUACCCAAAUCCUGAGAAAUUCGACCCAGAAAGAUUUUCAGCACAAAAUAAAGAGUCAAUCAAGCCAUUCACUUAUCUGCCUUUUGGAGAAGGGCCAAGGAUGUGUAUAGGUAUGAGAUUUGGAAAACUUCAAACUAAAGUUGGCCUUAUCGCUCUACUGAGAAAGUGUCAUGUAGAACCUUGUGUAGCAACUAAGAUACCUUUAGAAAUAGGUCCUUCACCGAUGCUAACGAUUCCAAAGCAUCCAAUAGAACUGAAAUUAGUACCUCAGUUUUCAGCUUAAACUGUGCGUCACUGCUAAUGUAGGAAUACAUUUAUUUCAUUGAGAUUAACAUAAAUUUUAUAUGUAUUUAUUAUAGAUACAAUUAAGGUGUUUGGUUUCAAAAUCAGUUAGAUACAUCCAUUUUUUCCAAAAAAAAAAAUUAUUUUUCUUAAAUUUUCAACGCCAGAAAUGGGGAAGACUGGAAAGCAAUUGAUACCCUGGAAUUUUACAAAAAGAUCAUAGAGCAUUACAUGUCAUCAGUCCAAGGUGUGAAAUAAUAUGGAUGUUUGCCAAGUUCAAGAUAUCAGUGAUAAUUUUUUAUGUAUAAAAAAUUGAAAUUAUGUUUACAUAUAUUGUUAAAAUUAAUAAAAGUGAUUUAAAAAAAAAAAGUCUUUUUUUUCAACCAUAAAUCGAUAUUUUCUGAUCAAAUUCAGGUAGGUGCACCCAAAAUAGUUUAUCUAUUCAAAUUCCAUUUAAUCAUUUUUGUUUAAAACGGUUUGUUACCAAAAUACGGAAAAAUAAUAAAGAAAAUUUGUUAAAUUGAAAUAUUUUUUAAUCAUUUUUUUAAUCAAAAAAUGGAUUUAACCAGUUUUGAAACCAAAUGCCUCAAGUAAUUUAUAAACAGGAAAGCAUACAAUCAAAACUUUGUAAGCAUUUUAAUUUUUCUAUUAUCAAUACCAACCAUCCACCAUUUGAUAAAUAGUGAGGUAUUACAUUUUUUUACUGUUUUUAUAGAGAAUAAUUUGUAAAAAAAAGAAAACAUACAUUCCGUGUGUGUUUUUAUUACAUGGUAAAUAAAUAUGAAUACGUUAUAUGAAUAAAUUUAAGUAACAGUUUACUCUAAAAAAAAAAUUUGUCUUUAUUUUUAUGACGUUUCGGGAUCACUUUAUUAUCCCAUCUUCUCAUUUUUUUAUCAUCUAUUUUUUUUUUAAAAAGAAUUGUUAUAAUUUUUAUAUUAUUAUUAUUAUUAUCCCUCUUAGUGAUACCCCUAUUAAGUGAUAUUGUGGACUCCUCUAGGGAGAGCCUAGUCAGACACUUUCAGUGAAAUAAGAUGAGAUAAGGUCUCAAGGUGGAAUAAUAAAGUGAUCUCGAAACAUCAUAAAAAUAAAGAAAGAUAUUUUUGGGAGAGUCAUCUGUUACUUAACUUUAUUCAUAUAUCGUAUAUAAAUAAACAUCUCCCUUAGGACUUAUGAACACAAUAUGAAUAAUUUAUAAGCAGGAAUAUAAUCA